CAAGGAGCACAAUCUUCCUGCAAUUAUGUGUUAAACAAAGCGGAGGAAAGUUGUUGGGUGUUUUUCCGUAUGGAUUUUUCUCUGUGGGGCAUUUCCUUUUGGAUUGUGGAUUAUAAAAUCUAAAAUUUGUGCCAAUUCGUGACCUGAGAGUUUUGCCUUUUUAACCGGAAAGUAUGUGUGACAAAUGAAACCGAGCUGCGAUGUACAUUAGGGAAUUAAAUGUCUAACACUUUGCAGCGCCUUGCAUGCGUGGGUUUCUCUAGGCAGAAGCGCUGCUGAACGUACACUGGAUGGGCCAACUGUAAAGGGAGCUGUGUUGUCUUUGUGCACAUUGCGCUGCUUUCGUCUUCCUGCGCUGUAUGUGGAGCUGCUAACUCAGAGGGCGAGGCGGGGGGAGGCGCGCCCGUGCAAACAGGUUCUCCUAGAGCUCACCGAGAGCUGGGACCAGCUGAGCAUGAAUGAAACCAGGGGGAGCCACACCCGGCAGCUCAAGCAGGAAGUAUCCAAGCAGCAAGGAAACACCGGCCAAUGCGCGAGACUGUGCAGCUCAAGAGCCCUCGCUUGAUCUCCUCCGAGCGCGAUUGUCUGAACAGUUGAUCAUUCAAAGUGACUGAAAAUAUCAAAGAGAAGUCCUAAAGGGGAUCUGCUUGGUCUGACAUCUUUCAGAACUGUUCCACAAAAUUCAAUUACACAGCAUUAGGACCAUCCUAGAUAAAAAGCUUGAAUCCGGAACAAUCCUUUUCCAAACAUAGCAUUUUGUCACCUAACCCCCGAUUCUGGCACUGAAGUAAAUGGCUCAACUUCCCCCUGGAGUUCAUUUCAUCGUUUUAUUUACAAGAGAUCAGUGGUGCAGAGCCUUCACUUUUGUUCUGACCUUUUUGCUAUAUACUAGUUUCCACUUGUCAAGAAAACCUAUUAGUAUAGUUAAGGGAGAACUACAUAAGCACUGUGCUCCUCCAAAUGAAAUUGAACUCAACUCCUACAAAGAAUAUGCCAUCCACAGUCAGCUUGAUAAGAAGUUAUUUAAUGAGUCUCAGUGUGGUUGGGAGCCAUUUGACAAGAACAACUACAAGCAAUUACUGGGAGCCCUGGAUUACUCGUUUCUGUGUGCUUAUGCAGUUGGAAUGUAUUUGAGUGGUAUAAUAGGAGAGCGACUGCCUAUCCGGUAUUAUCUAACAGCUGGAAUGCUUGCCAGUGGACUCUUCACUGCAAUGUUUGGGUUGGGCUAUUUCUAUAAUAUACAUAACCUGUGGUUCUACAUGAUAGCACAGAUAGCUAAUGGGUUGGUGCAAACCACUGGCUGGCCCAGUGUUGUUACCUGCAUUGGCAACUGGUUUGGAAAAGGAAGGAGAGGUUUGAUCAUGGGAAUCUGGAAUUCUCACACUUCAGUAGGAAAUAUCUUGGGAUCAUUAAUUGCUGGUUACUGGGUAUCUACCUGCUGGGGUCUGUCUUUUGUGGUGCCUGGUAUUAUCAUUGCUUGCCUGGGGAUCGUUUGUUUUCUGUUUCUUGUUGAACACCCUAAAGAUAUAAGUUGUGCUUGCGAAACAUCCAAUAACUCGAAGCCCUACAUGAAUGGCACAAAUAAAUUCAGAGUCCAGAAGCCAAGCUUAAACUUUAAAGAGACCAACAGACUUCAGGAUCCAGCGAUGCAGUGUUUGCUUCCUGACAGAGAGAACUGCACAGUGCCACUGAACCAGAACAUUGCAGUCAAUGGGGAAAGUGGAACUAGAAUGUCAGCUAUAAGCUUCAUCGGUGCCUUGCGAAUACCUGGAGUCAUAGAAUUCUCUCUCUGUUUAUUGUUUGCUAAACUGGUCAGUUACACUUUCCUUUUCUGGCUUCCACUCUAUAUCACAAAUGUAGAGCAUCUUGAUGCAAAGAGGGCUGGGGAUCUUUCCACACUGUUUGAUGUGGGUGGAAUCUUUGGUGGCAUUCUGGCAGGCAUAAUAUCAGAUAGAUUGGAAAAAAGGGCUUCAACUUGUGGAAUGAUGUUACUGCUGGCAGCACCUACCUUAUAUAUGUUCUCUGCAAUCAGUAAAAUGGGCCUAGAAGCCACCAUAGUUAUGCUGCUUAUCAGUGGAGCCCUGGUGAAUGGCCCAUAUGCGCUGAUCACCACUGCGGUCUCAGCUGACUUGGGUACCCAUAAAAGUCUGAAAGGAAAUGCAAGGGCCCUGUCCACCGUUACGGCGAUCAUCGACGGAACAGGUUCCGUAGGUGCUGCUCUAGGGCCUCUGUUGGCUGGUCUCAUCUCUCCCUCUGGUUGGAACAAUGUAUUUUACAUGCUGAUGGUGGCAGAUGCAUGUGCCUUACUAUUCUUACUCCGUCUCAUACGAAAAGAACUUCAGUGUAAGAUGGACCAUACCUUGUUUAAAGAACACUGAAUUAUGAAACGUCAGACAUGGAUUUAAGAGCUUCAUGUGUGAU